GCGCGCCGCCGGCCCAUUCGUGCCCGAUCGCGGCGCCGGGCGGCGAGCAGUGACGCGUCGCGGCGGCGGUGGCGGCGGCGGCAUGUCGGCCGGCUGAGUGCAGUGCGCGCCGCCGCAGCGGGAGCAUGGUGCCGGGGGACGGCCGUCGGCCAGGGCCCGACGGAGGCGGCGGCAGCGAGCCAGCCGACCACUGGAGCCGGCAGCAGCGCGAGGCCGUGGUGACGGCCACUGGGCCCGAGCCGCGCGUGCCCAUCGAGGGCGGCUCGGACCGCGGCCAGCUGGGCCGGGUGGGCGCCGGGCCGCCGCACCAGCUGCGUGUGCUCGCCGGCCGCCUCGUACCCGGCGAGCUAGUCAUCAAGGUGCAGGGCAAGAACGUGUGCGGCUUCACCCGCUACGACAUCGAGGAGUGGCUCAAACACUGCUGCCGCGACGGAGGCAACUGCGUGCUGGCGACGGUCCCCGACCGGCCAGGUUCUCUGACCGGUGACCUGCGCACCUACCUUCGGAGCCGGUUCAAGAAGGGCUCGGUGGACCAUGAGCUGCAGAACACGAUCCGAGACCACCUGUACCAGCGGACCGUCCCAGUCACCACCCGGCCGCCGCGAGACGACGAGGUUCCUGGCGUCGACUACACCUUUCUGACGGAAGACGAGUUCAACAAGCUGCGCCAGUCGGGCGAUCUGCUGGAGAGCGGCGAGUACGAAGGUCACCUGUAUGGCACCCCCCGGCCGGCCGCCGACCCGGCCUCCUCCCGGUCGGCCGCGCAGAGCUCCAGAGAGGUCAGCGGCGACACGCUACUGAGCGGCCGGCAUCCCAGCAGCGAGGGCAAGAGAAGGCGAAACCGAUCCACCGUGGAGGCGAUGGCGGCCAGCGGCGGCGAGCGGCAGCCGCCCGACAGCCCGCGGCACAGAGCCCCGGAGUACCGGCCGGGCCCGCCGCAGCCGGGCGAUGGCAGCGUGUCACAGGGCUCUGGGCCCGUCUGGGACCGUUCCGAGACGCCCACCUCAGAGCUCGGCCCCCUGCCCGACCACUGGGAGAAGGCCUACACCGAGUUCGGAGAGCCCUACUUCAUCAACCACGAGACGGGCACCUCCCACUGGCUGGACCCGCGGCUGGCGCGCGUCCAGAAACAAUCGCUGGAAGAGUGUGGCGACAACGAGCUGCCGUACGGCUGGGAGCGGAUCGACGAUCCGGCCUACGGCACCUACUACAUCGACCACAUGAACCGGCGGACUCAGUACGAGAACCCGGUGCACGAGGCGCGCCGGCAGCCGCCGCAGCCAGUUGACACCGCCGGGUCCCCAGAGCCGGGACCGGAAGCGCCCACUUCCGGUAACAACACGUUCCCGCGCCAGAAGAAGGGCUCCGAGUCGGUGUCGGGAGCCGCUGAGGCCGGCUCCGGCUCCGGCUCCGUGCCGGGAGCGCCGGAGGAGGGAGCCGCUCCGCCGCCGCCGCGCCGCUCCACCAGUGAGUGGCAGCUGCCGGAGCGGCCGCGCAGCCCAGGCCGCGGCCACUCGCUGCUGCCCUGCCUGCCGUGUCUGGGCGCCGAGAAGACCGACUCGCUGGCGCCCGUGUACGCCCGCCACGUGUACAGCCGGCCGCGCAAGAAGCCCUCGCGUCACACGCAGCGGCUAUCGGCCCGCUCUCUGACCGAGUCCUUCCCGUCGGCCACCUCCACCCCCACCCUGCCCAAGGCCAGCUUCGCGCUGGGCCGGCCGUUCCCGGCGGCGGCGCACGCGCACAGCGCCAGCGACCCGGCCGUGUGGAGGCCGGCCGAGCCGGGCCAGCCGCCCACGCUCGGACAGACCAUCGUGCCGCGGUUCGCGCGGCCCGUGUUCCCCAGCCGCAUGCACUACCAGAACGUGCACUUUGAGCGGCGCCUGAGCGGCGGCGAGGAGCCGGCCGGCCUGGUCACCAGCCCUGCCGAGUACCUGCGCACGCCCGCCUACGUGGGCUACUCACUGCCGGACAUCGCCGCCAGCUCCCAGCUGGCGGCCUACCGGCCCGGCUCGCCGGCCGGCGCGCCCGCCGCUGACGGUCAGCGUCCGUUCUUCACACGCGAGCCGUCGGCACUGGGUGGCCAGACGAUACGGACAACGCUCUGCAAGUCACCGCAGGGACUCGGCUUCACGAUCGUCGGCGGCGACAACGACGAAGAGGAGUUCCUGCAGAUAAAGUCGGUGGUGCCCGGCGGCCCCAGCGACCGAGACGGGCGGCUGCAGACAGGUGACGUGCUGGUGUACGUGAACGGCCAGUGUGUGCUGGGCUACACGCACCGGGACAUGGUACACAUGUUCCAAACGAUCGCCGUCGGCGAGCUCGUGCAGCUCGAGGUGUGCCGCGGCUACCCACUGCCGUUCGACCCCGAUGACCCCGACACGGAGAUCGUCACCACCAUGGCCGUCAACUCCGCGGAUGGCGGAUACCUGCCGCGGUCUCGCAGCUCAGCCGAGAACGGCUACGGCCGGCGGGGGGACACGCCGCCGUUGGCCGAGUACGGCGUCAACGCCUCUAAAUCGAUGCCGGACCUGAGCGGCGGCGGCGGCGGCGGCCAGCGGUCGGAGGGCAUUCACCGGCCCAGCUCCGUCGACCUGCUGUCAGACGGCGUGCCGCGGCCGGCGCCCAAGCCCCGCUUCCUGACAGUGUCCAUCGCCAAGGGAGACGCCGGCUUCGGGUUCACGAUCGCCGACUCGGCGCACGGCCAGAAGGUGAAGAAGAUCCUGGACCGCGGCCGGUGCGCCGAUCUGCAGGAGGGCGACAUCCUCGUCCAGAUCAACGGCGUGCCGCUCAAGGCCAUGCCGCACGCCGAUGUGGUGCAGGUGCUGAAGGACUGCCCGCUGUACCGGGACUCUACGAUGACGGUACAGCGGGGCGGCACGGUCGGCGGCGGCCGGCGUGCCUCUCAGCCCAGUCUGCACCCGCAGCGCAGCCGCACACCCACCGGUGACCCGUACAGCUCGGAGACCUCGGAGAGCGCAGCGCUGGCCGAGCGCGCCUACCCGCCCGACGGCCAGCCCGACAGCCUGCUGUACACGGCCGACGGACGGCCCGAGGAGCCGCCCUACCCGCCGUACCCGGGGCCGCCCGACGGCCGCGGCUUCGAGCCGUACCACGAGCGGUCCGGCUACCACCCGGCCGACCGGGCGCCGGCGCACCGCACCGACCGGCCGGCCUACCGGUACGCCGAGUACGACCCGGAGCCGGUCCACCGGGCCGCCGACUCGGGCUACGGCGGCAGCCAGUCGCACCGCGUGCCCGACCCCGGCUACGGCCCGCCGCCGGGCCACGCCGAGCCGUACCGGCCGGGCCCGCCGCCGUACUGGGGCGGACCCGGGCCCGGCUACGGAGACGGCUGGCCCGGCGAGCGGCCGCCGGCCGACGGACGCGGCUACGGCGGCAACUACGGCGACUACCCGGCGCCGGCCAGCCCGCGGCACGGCACGCAGCCCUUCUCGUAUCACCGGCCGAACGGUCCGGCGGCGCGGCCGGGCCCGCCGCCCGCCUCGGCGCACCACCAGCGGCGCAAACAGAGCACCAGCUUCGAGCAGGAGCAGCCGGCGCCGGCGUCCGUGCCCCGUCUGCCGCGCCCGCACUGGGUGGAGACCUCGGUCACCCUGGACAGACACGAGACCGGCUUCGGGUUCCGCAUUGUGGGCGGCACCGAGGAGGGCUCGCAGGUGUCGAUCGGGCACAUUGUUCCGGGCGGCGCGGCCGACCUAGACGGCCGCCUGCAGACAGGAGACGAGAUCAUCUACGUGGACGGCCAGCUGGUGAUUGGCUCGUCGCACCAUCACGUGGUGCAGCUGAUGAGCCGCGCCGGUGGCCGGGUGCAGCUGGGCGUGCGGCGCCUGCUGUCGCCGGCUGCCCGGCCGCGCCACGCGCCGCCGGCGCCCGCCUACCCGUACGAGGUGACGGUGACGCGCGGUGCCGGCGAGGGGUUCGGGUUCGUCAUCAUCUCGUCGGCGGGCCGGGUGGGCGCCACCAUUGGCCGCGUGCUGGACGGCAGUCCGGCGGCGCGCUGCGGCCGCCUGUUCGUCGGUGACCGGGUGCUGGCCGUGAACGGAACGCCGAUCGCCGGUCUGCACCACGACCAGGUGGUGACGCUCAUCAAGGAGGGCGGGCUGCGCGUGACGCUCACUCUCGGGCCGCCCACAGACGACUCGUCCAGCACCGCCUCCACGCCGCAAAAGGAGGAGCACCAGCUGGGGGACGGCGCGCCUGGAGACGGCGAGCUACACACCAUCCAGUUCCAGCGCGGCCACCGCGGCUUCGGCUUCUCGAUCCGCGGCGGCCGCGAGUUCAACAUGCCGCUCUACGUGCUGCGGAUAGCCGAGAACGGGCCCGCGGCGCUCGACGGACGGCUCAGGGUGGGUGACCAGAUCCUCGAGAUAAACCACAACAGCGCCAGGGAUCUGACGCACGCCGAUGCAAUCGAGCUUAUCAAGGACGGCGGCUCCGCGGUGCGACUGCUGGUGCGUCGCGGCGGUCGCCUGCCACAGGUGUUGUCAGACCAGUCGGUGCCGUCCUCUCUGACGCCGUCCUCCGCCGGCGGCUCGUCGUCCCUGUGUCAGCCGUACCCUCCGGCCGGACACGGCGGCUACCACCCGGCGGCGCACGGCUUCACGCACGGCGCCGACGGCUACCCGGCCGCGCACGGCUACCCGAGCUCGCAGACGAGCGGCUACCCGAGCUCACAGCCGUCCAGCUACUCGAGCUCGCAGCCGGGCGGCUACCCGACGUCCCACUCGUACCCGGCGCUCACCAACGGCGGCCGGCCGCUGGCCAACGGGCACCCGCCCGGCCUGGGCGCGUACGGCCGGCCGGCGCCGCCGCUCGGUCAGAGCUCGCCGCUGGCGGCCGACGGAGCGGGCUACUGGCGGCGGCCGGCACACCAGUAGCGCGCGCCGCGCCCCGUGUGUGUGUAGGUAGUGUCCGAGUCGUCCCCCACUGCCCAGUGGCCGCCGCGGCCGUGUGAUUCAGCGGGGCCGCGCUACCUCCGCUACCGCGCCGACGCGUGACCGUGUCUGUGUGUGAGUGUGACAGUGUUAUGGCGGCGGUGUGCGGCUGAUUCGCUCAAAUGUACCGCGUCCGGGCGCGGGGCGGACCGCCGCGCUGUCGUGCUGUUGUGUGCUUUACUUGAUCGUUUGCCGCCACUCCUCAAUUUCCAGCGUCUUUGAAAAUGAUCACCUGGUUAAAUCACGGCUUGUGUGUUACAUCGUAUCCUUUUUAUGUGCUGCUUUUUAAAAGACAAUCAUGUUUCGGUGUGCCGAGGCCGUCCUGCCAAUGUGCCUUAAUGUUCUUCUCGCAAGUGAUUCGGUAAUUAUGUGUUCGAAGGAACCGCAAAGCACUAUACUCGGUCAAGGGAAGGCCAGCAUGUACAAGUGAUCCAUGAAUUGUUUGUGAAAACUAAUAUAAUAUUUUAUAUGAUGU